AUGCCAGGCAUCUUGACUGCAGAUCUCUGGCCGGAGGUCCCUCUAUGGCCCACAAAGAACUACGCUGAGCUUGCGCUGGAGCGCCCCGAGUUCCAAGCUUGGGACAACUUCACCCUGCAAAUCGACGGUGUUACGGGAAAGAAACGCAAAUUCCGCGAGUUUCUUGACCUUGUCGCCGACGCUGCGACAGCGCUCGGCGCCGGGGGACUCGGCCUCACGGCUGAACAGGGUUUUGUGGGUCUCAUGAGCGAGAACUGCAUGGACUAUCCGGUCAUCGUUUACGCCCUCUUCAAGAUCGGAGUUCCGUUCAGCCUCAUACCCUCUCUGGUCACACCGGCGGAGUCGCGCACUCUUCUGAAACUGUCAGAUGCGCGGACGCUCUUCGUUAGCCCACGUCUAUUGCCUAUUGCCCUGGAGGCAGCUAAGGAAACUGGCUUGCCUGAAAGCAGGAUCUUUGUCCUCGGCGGUCAUGUUGCCGGACGAACGAGCUUUUCCGACCUUUAUCAUCGGGUACAGUCAAAGAAGAUCCCUCGUGUACCCUAUGCUCUGGUAAAGGAGGAUAGCAUCGCCUACAUGGUCUUCUCUAGCGGAACGAGUGGUCUGCCGAAAGGUGUCCUGCUCUCGCACAAGAACAUAUACUACGGUGCAUUGCAAAUAGCCAUUAUGCUUGAGAAGUCGGCAACCGUCCUUACACCACCGAAACUGGAUACACCGGAAGGCAUUCCAGUGGCGCUGGUCGUUCUGCCCAUGUAUCAUACCAUGGGUUUGCACGCUUUCAUCAUCCGAAUGUUGUUCGCGCCCUCGACCUUCGUCUACUUGCCCAAAUGGAAUCCCGAGCGCGUCGCAGAGUCGAUACACAAGUACAAGAUCACUUCACUGUCUAUGGUGCCCAGUAUGGCUCACCAGCUCGCGACGCAUGCCAAGCUUCGCAAAGUCAACCUCGAUGGGAUUCUGAGCAUCAACACCGGUGCUGCGUACCUCCCGCCCGAGCUUCGUAGCAAGCUUGCCCAUCGCGCGAAGAACGUUAUCUCGCUGACUGAGGGCUAUGGCAUGAGUGAAUGCACGGUGGCGGCGAUUGUCGAGCCUAUCAAGCAGCUGUUCGCGCACAUACAACCCACGCCGGGUCUUACCGGUGUGCUCAUUCCAUCUAUGCGGGCGCGUAUCGUGCGGGAAGACGGAUCAGACGCCGAGUUUGAUGAACCCGGGGAGCUCUUACUGCAAGGAGGCAACGUGGCGAUGGGGUACUACAAGAACCCGAAAGCCACGGCGGAGACUUUUGACGCUGAGGGAUGGUUACAUACCGGCGACAGGUUCAAGGUGGAUAAGAUCGGGCGCUACUUCUAUGUCGAUCGCGCGAAGGACACGCUCAAAGUGUCUGGUACCCAGGUGUCCCCACUCGAGAUCGAAGACACACUCCUCGUCCAUCCUGGUGGCUUCAUCACGGACGUCGCGGUUGCCGGUGUCCCGGGCACACGCAUGUCCGAUGAGAAGGUACCUCGCGCAUGGAUCGUGCUCUCUGAGCGCGGGCGGAAGGCAGGCCGUAAGCAGGUCGCGCACGAGUUGGAGGCGUGGAUCAAGGAGCGGCUUAGUCGACCGAAGUGGUUGCGUGGGGGCAUCGGCUUCAUAGAUGAGAUUCCCAAGUUACCCACUGGCAAGGUGCUUAGACGCAAGCUACAGGAAGAUUAUGCGGCUGCUGUGGCUGCUCAAGGAGGUCCCAAGGCUCAGGCUAAGUUGUAA